UUCGGAGAUCAAAGGAGAUCCGCUUUGUAGAGGAGGAGAGGAGGAGGGAGGGAGAGAGAGAGAGGGCCAGUGUAAUUGACAAGGCUCGCGGUAGUGAAACAAACACGCUUCAGCCCAGCUCGGCUUUAUUGCACAAUCCCGACUCCUUUGAGGCUGUGCGCGCGCGCGGACCCGGUUUCAGACGCCUCCACCUGACCAGUUCACCCGUGAGAAAUUAUGUCCCGAUCCGAGCCGAUCCAGCCGGCAAGAUGAUGCUUUUACCGCGGGGAGGAGGCUCGGAACGUGCGCCCGACUCGCUGCUCCUGGUGGUCUUGCUGGCCGCCGCCUCUCUCGGUGCCGCCAAGGAUACAGCCUUUGUGGAAGUGGUGCUGUUCGAGUCCAGUCCCAAUGGAGAUUAUACCACGUACACGACUGGCUUGCAGGGACGCUUCUCCAAAGCCGGAGCCACGAUCAGCGCGGAGGGGGAGAUCGUUCAAAUGCAUCCUUUGGGACUAUGUAACAACAAUGAUGAAGAAGACCUGUACGAGUAUGGAUGGGUUGGAGUGGUGAAGCUGGAGCAGCCCGAGCUGGAUCCAAGUUGUCUCACAGUUUUGGGAAAGGCAAAGAGAGCCGUGCAGCGAGGAGCCACCGCCGUCAUCUUUGAUGUCUCUGAGAAUCCGGAUGCCAUCGAUCAGCUGAACCAGCUCUCUGAGGAUCCUCUGAAGCGGCCGGUGGUUUACGUGAAAGGCAACGACGCCGUCAAACUGAUGAACAUCGUCAACAAGCAGAAGGUGGCCCGAGCUCGGAUCCAGCACCGACCGCCGAGGCAGCCUACCGAGUACUUCGACAUGGGCAUCUUCCUGGCUUUCUUCGUGGUCGUCUCGCUAGUUUGCCUCAUCCUGCUGAUCAAGAUCAAACUCAAGCAAAGGAGAAGCCAGAGCUCCAUGAACAGGAUGGCCAGCCAGGCGCUGGAAAAGAUGGAGACCAGGAAGUUCAAGGCCAAAGGGAAAGUCCAGCGCGACAGCGGCUGCGGCGCGUCCGACUCGCUGAGCAGCAGCUCCACCUCCGACUGCGCCAUCUGUCUGGAGAAGUACAUGGACGGAGAGGAGCUGCGGGUGAUCCCCUGUGCGCACCGCUUCCACAAAAGGUGUGUCGACCCGUGGCUGCUGCAGCAUCACACCUGCCCCCACUGCAGACACAACAUCAUUGAGCAAAAGAAAGGGAACCCGAGACCCGCGUGCAUGGACCCGGCUAAUGCAGUCCACAGCAGGCAGCGGGUGGUUCUGCCGGUCCAUUAUCCCGGCAGGGUGCAUCGAGCCGGUCAGCUGACGGCGUACCCGACCAGGACCAGCAUGGACCCCCACGGCAAUCCCAUCACCGUGCUGACUGUGGACCAGCACCCGGACCCUCAAGCCCCAUACGCACCCCAGUCAACGUCCGCCUUCAUCCGGAGCUACCACCCUGCCCUGCAUCUGGAGCAUUCACUCAACCCCCACCACUGUGGGUUGGAGCAUCGGGGACCCCCCCCAUAUCCCCCACAGCAUCACGCUGCUUUUAAGCGACCCAAGUUCCACGGGCGGAACUUUUCCCGAGCGGCGUAUUUUUCGCAGUAUGAGACGAUGUACCAGCACUACUACUUUCAGGGGCUGUCCUUCCCCGAAGGUGCUCAAGGGCCGGCUGUGGCGGGGCAGCUCGGGGGUGGGAUCCACAAGGGCCACCCCAGCAGGGCCUUUCAGCAAGGACUGAUCUACCCCACCGUGGUGCACAUGGCGCCCGCCUCCUCCUCCAGGGUGGGCGACGCCGGCAGCACGUCGGGCCUGAGCUGUUACCACGGCCACCGCUCGGUGUGCAGCGGCUACCUCGCCGACUGUCCGGGAAGUGACAGCAGCAGCAGCAGCUCGGGCCAGUGCCACUGCUCCUCCAGUGACUCCAUGCUGGACUGUACGGAGGUCAGCAACCAGGGGGUGUACGGGAGCUGCUCCACCUUCCGCAGCUCACUCAGCAGUGACUACGACCCCUUCGUGUACCGGAGUAAGAGUCCCUGUCGGGUCUCCGCGGGGGACGCGGCGGUUUGCACCACUGUUCCUGUGGAAGACUCAUCACCCAACGCACCUUCAGGACACGACUGCCUCCAGCUUCCUGCUGGGGCUUCGGGGUACAGCUCGGGGGACCAUCUCUCCAAUUGCAGUUUGGAACCCAACUACAGCAGUCGCUCAUCACUGGAACCCAGGGAGAACAGCAACACUAGCACUACCUCAGCCGUGGCGUCGGACGCCGCAGCCGACAGGAACAAGGGCCCACAGGAGGAGUCGGGGGAGCGUGGAGCUGCAGCCUGUAGCUGCUGUUUUGAGGUGGUUCCUCCCAGCCUUGAGUGCAAUGGGCAGGACCAAGCCUCAGGACGCUGUCACCAAGGGGUGGAUUUUCAGAGCUCCGCCCCCCAGAACUUCUUUGCCCCUGAGCACAUGUGUCCUUCCUCGGAACAGGUGAGCUAUGAAGGGCUACCUUGCUGCUUCUACAAAGAGAUGAAUGUCCACAGGGCCUCCGCUGGACGUUACGCCGAGGACUAUGCCGUCAACGUGCAGUACGCACACGCCGACGCCGAGAACCGCUCGGCGCAGGGCUGCUGUGAACUCAGCCAGAGAAUACCCAUAAUUCCCGAGGACACGGACUGUGAACUGGGCUCAGGGGCAGAGACUCAAAGCAGUUUAUUACCUGCCGGUGUCGGCGUGGAGGCCGAACUGCGGACAGGAGAGCAGCCUGAGCCCAAGGACCGGUACUCGGCCUCGGGGCCACUGAGGGGUCAGACGUAUCUUCAGGAGGAGACCAGGGCUUUCUUCCCCCCUCAGCUUUCUGCAGGCCUCCCUACACUGGGGAGCAGUACCUAACCGGACCGAGGGGGUCUGGGUACUCCGGUCCAGAACAUCAGAAUGUGGGGUACUGCAUCUGUCAAUCUUUGAAACCCUCAGUUGCCUUUUUUCUACUGAAUGUUAUCAUCGCAGAUUGUGUGGAUUUCUACUGAAAUGGCCUCUUGUUUGGAGAUAGAAAAAUGUAUCGUGUUCAUUCCUGUGGCCACAGAGUCCGCUGAUGCUCCUGGCGUCCGUUUAAAGCUUCGACCCGCUUUGUGGUUCUCAAUUCUGUCUUUGAGUCGUGGUUUCGCUGGGCUGCAGCCCCCCCCCCAGGUUCUAGCUGAAUCUCUGAAUGUUGAAUGUCUCCACAUGUCGUCAGGGUUUCAAUCUUCAGCUGAAGAGCCGGUAUUUACAAAAUAUACUCCAGUUUUGUCAGUUAAAGACGUAAGCAUACAUUUUUUUGGAACAACAUAUCCUACAUUUCUGGAAUUUCUAAAAGUUUUAUUGUUUGACCUGAGAACGAGACUUUUUCCAACCCUGUAAAAUGCUACUGUUAAAUUUGAUUUGAGCAAAUCUGAUUCAUUUUGAUUGACAGCUUCGCCUUUUGACUCAAGUUUUCUGUCAGACACAAUGUGGUUUCACAAAGUUUAAAAUCCUUAAUCAAUAUUGUUUACUUAUGAAUAAUUGUUUUCACGUGCCUAAAGAUUUUAGCUGAAAAAGGUGAACACAUUCAGAAAAGCUUUCUAAAAUAAUGAUUAAAUCUUGCUGACAUUGCGUUGCUUCUGUCCCUAAACAUAUUUAGCAAAACAUCCAUAGCUUUUUUUUUUGUACAUUUUCUGAGAUACUGGCAAUUUUUAAACUAAAUUGUGACCGAUUUGGGAUAAAAGUGAGAGUUUUUGUAGGAUGUGUUGCUCCAGUAUCCAUGGAAACGCUAAAGAACUCUGGAUCAGUUUGCAUAAAAAAAGCAUCACAUUGGUGAAUCUUGGGGGGAAUUUUAUGGCAAAUAAGUUUGUGAACAAUUCAUGCAAAACCGAUUUGUCAAAACAAAUGAACAUUUUCUCUGACGUACAGAUGCAGCCCAGCGAGACGACGGUUCAGGAAGGAGAUUUAGCUUCACGUUCACACAUGAACACAGACGGAAAGCUUCAGUCACCAACAGCAGUAGGAAUAUAGACAUAGCUUUACCAAAACAGGGCAGGGAAAUGGGUCUCUACAGAAAAAAAAGCAAUGUGAAUGCAAGGCUGACACUGGUUUCUAUUCAGUUUACGGAAUCUGCGUCACGCCUUUUCUGUGUUUGGCAGCCUGCCUGAGCGAGGGCCCGAGAGACUUAAGCUGACACUGAAAGACGCUGCACAGGUUUGGUCAGACCAGAUCCAGGGGCGGGGCGGGUAGCGUGAGGCUCCGCCCCUCGUCUGAAACCCCUAAAAAAAAGUGUAUUUUUUGUUAUCUAGUUUCCUCUGUGAGGCACGCUCUUAGAAAUAUGGAGAAAAAAACAGAAAAGGCCAAAGGAAAGUAUCUGGAAAAGACUCGCAUGUCAUGAGGGUUCCUUCUUUUUGUACUGUGACCUUUUUGUUUUCUCUUUAAACCAUGCAGUUUAAAAAUGAACCACAGUUUCAAUCACGAUUCAUUUGCAAUAUCCAUGCUUUUCAUCCAUGCCUUUCUGUUUGUCCUGCAGACUGUUUUUAUACUGUUUCUAUGAAAUGUACACAUUCUCUACAGGAGGGAAAAUCUGAAAUAACCCUAUUUAUAAGUUAACCAGUGCUGUAAUCCAGUGAGAAUCCAAUCUUGCCUUUUUGCAUAGAAAUAUGUACCUACUGCAAAUAGAACACUUUUGGGGUACUCGAGUCACUAUUUAAUUUUUCUAAAAAUUGUUUCUAGCACUUAAAGAAAAGACUGCGUACAAAAAUGUCAUAUUUUUAAGAGUAUAAUUAUUUUCUGUCAAUACCAUCACAAAUGUUUAAGGAGGAAAAGGCUAGAAAUCAAUCUAUGUAUAUUCUGUACUUGUAUAGCAAACACAUUUCAUAAAUGGAAAUAUGUUCUCCGAAUAUUUAUUUACUAAUAUAUUUAUCUGUAAGCCAUGUCUUAUGUUCAGAGUGUAUGAAAGAGUUACUUGGUUUUGUUUUGAAGAAAGAAAAGACAAAAAACUCACUAACAUGAGACUUUGUAAAUACAUGGUAAUUGCACACAAGACGAUUAAAUCUUCUCUGACCAAAAAACUGAUUUUAAGACUUUAGUAUCAUACAGUUUUGUAAUUAAAGUGUACAAAGAUCUGUAAAAUAUACAGUUUUAUUCAAGUA